GUUGGCUAUAUGAUAUAUAGCAAUGGAAAUGUAUUGUCUUACUGUUUAGACUUAAUCUUCUGUACAGAGUGUACAGACUGUGAAUAAACAGGAUGUGUGUGUCUAGCAGCUGAGUAUAAAGUGUGAGCGCAGAGUUGAAGGUUGCCUUUUUCUGCACAGUCUAAAUGGGGCAGACGGAAGUGCCUCUUGCAAGAUAUUAAAACCAUUUUAAACUGUAUUGGGUUCUAACCAUAAUUAUUCAAGUUCAACAAGGUAAAAUUCCACAAGCAGCCCCAAAAUAGCUACCAAAAAAGUAUUUUAACACUUUAAACCAGGGCUUUUAACCAGAAUUUUUUUCCAAUUGGUUCGUUCCGAACAGAAACAGUAUUUUAACGUUUCCGGUUUUCUGUUCAACCCUAAAAAUGACGUUAUUGAACCUGUUAGAACAAAAAAAUAAUGUUCUCAAACCGGUUAACGUUCCAUGUCAGCUGUGGGACAUACAAAUAAGUAAGUAGGCUGAUCAUUAGGACAUUAAACUUAAAUUAUUAGUCUACAUAAUUGUCCUUAAGUCUCUAUCUUGUCAUCAAACAUUAAAAAAGGCUACAUUAUGUAAGCCGCAUUACUGUAAUUCUAACAUGCCUACAUUUGUUAAGUGCACUUAAACACGCACACACACAGACGGAUGACAAAUGCCAAACAGUGCUUUGGGAAAGAAGAUGCAGCAUAAACAGUCGCUCCACAUAAAGUGAAAAUUAUGUUGUUUUUUAGUGCUUUAUUUGCCAAAUGUAUUUUAAUGGAUUACAGUAUGAGACACAGUAGCGCAACUCUCACUCUAAAUCAAGAGUUCUGGGCCCGGUUCCCCGAUAACGUUCACUCUUAGCGUGCUAAGAAGACUCAAAAAGAUAUAUCCUACCAAAGUUGUUUGUGUUCCUAAGUGUGUUCCCCGAAGUGUCUCUUAGGAAGCUUCUUAACACGCUGCCUCUAAGAACGACGUAACAAUGUCGCUGUCCCAAGUGAAGGUGCUGAAUUAUUUGCGAUCGAUCUCUCAGGGAUCGAUUUUCCACUUCACGUGAAGGUGCAUUACGGCGUUAAGAAAAACAACACGUUCUAUACAAAUGGAACAUUACUCAAAUUAUUCCAGUAACAUUUAUUUUAACAUAGUUUAGUUAUCUGUAAAAUAUAGACUAUUAAUUAAAUUAUCAAAUUGUCAGUAAUACAGGUAGACGAACCGGGUAUCCCUCGCUAAUCAUUCACCUUCCUUAUCCACUUGUGCCACUUGUGCCGCUUCUUGAUAUGGAUUUAACGACUUCUAAAAAUUAUGUAAUACAGUUUUAGAUUAAUGGUAAGUGUAAAAUCGACCAUAAAUAGGCGAUUUCUGCAGAUGAACAACAAGUUUAUUAACAACCAGCAACGCACUACACAGUCAAUGUAUUGACUAAAAAAUGUCGCCCUCAGACACACCCCCUCCCCGUACUUCAGUCACUCUCACUUAAAGGAACAGUGUUGAAACAAUACACUAUCACAUCACAUGACAGUAAGGUACUUCACAAUCAGAAUUGAUUGGCAAGCAGCUGCAGUUAAUUCUGUUUAAUGAGGUAUUGAUUGUCAUUGGUUAAUGUUUUCAAUAAAAAGCAACAUAUCAACAAUGAAAAGAGAGAGAGAGAGAGAGAGAGAGAGAGAGAGAGAGAGAGAGAGAGAGAGAGAGAGAGAGAGAGAGAAUAUGGUGGGGAAGCAACGUAAAAAAAGGGCACCAAGCUUCUCGUCAGAGGAACUUGAAGUUUUGCUGGACGAGGUAAGCUUGCCCAAAGUGACGCUGUUUUCCAGCUUUCGGAAUAAUUUGCCCAACAGCAACAAAAAGGAGCUAUGGAGCGACAUAGCAAGGAAGAUGGCUGCCUCCGGGUCAGGCACACCAAGGUCCUGGCAGGACGUCAGGAAAAAAUGGCAUGAUUUUUCAAGCCAGGUUAAGGUGAGAGGUUCUGCUGUCCGUAGAGACCGGGCGAGGACAGGUGCGGGGACCAGUUCAGUGCAACCCUUAAUAGCACAUGAGGAGAAGGCACUGGCGAUAAUGGGAGACACAGUCUCACAUGGAAUCCCUGGGGGGAUUGACGUUAGAAGAGGUGAUGCUGAACAGGCCUCAUGCUCCAGGUCAUCGCCACCCCUCAAUGUGCCAUGCUCCCCAGACAUUGAGCCACCAGCAGCACUCUCCUCACCUGGGAGCACUGAGCCGGAAGAAUGCACUAUACCACCACCUCCCGUACACACGUCUCCACCAGUUUUUUGCAACAUGACAUCACAACGUCGCUCGACAAUCUCACCAUGUCGGUGUAGCGAAGAGUUGGUGAACAUUGAAAAAGAGAAGUUGGUCGUGUUGCAGGACAUUCAGUGCCAGUUGACCAAAGCAAAUGAGCUCGCUCGCCAGUCUCUGGAACUGAAGAGAGCCAAGCUGGAACUGGCCAAGCAGCAGCAUGCCCUAGCACAGAGGUCCCCAACCACCGGGUCGCGACCCAGUACAGGGUCGUGGACAAGUUGCCACCGGGUCGCAAGAACGUCCCGGAACUUUUUUUUAUAAUAGCCACGUAAUAGCUUAAUCGGGUAUUUUGUACUUAGAGCCGACUUCAAAUAACAUCGAUCAUUUCCACUGUUGUACAGAGUCGCUCUCUCUUUUUCUUGGUCUCUCUCUCUCUACCAGCGCAUCAGCGAUCACAUUGCUGUCAUAAGAGUUUUGAGCAUACAGUACUUCUAAAACACAAUCGAUCAAAGAAUUGCAGAGUUAUAACUUUAUGAAUAAUUUGCAAAUGUACCUCGCAAAUCAUGUAAAUACGCGGAGACGUUCAACUGUGUGACAUGGGCAUCGCAAAUGACUGAAAAGUAAUUAUUUUAUUCUUCUUUAAAACAACUUCAGAAAUAUCCAGCGAUCGUGGCAUCAUAAUAAACUAUUAAUCAUAUUUUAACGGCUGUGCUUUUAACGUAGGUUUGAAAAGGAACCUAAACUGUCAAUCAUCAUUAAAAUCAACGUGAGCCUCUGCGCCCAGCCGCAAUUCUUCUGGCAUCUCUCCUCCUUCACUGCAUUUUUUUUUUGUUCUGUUACUUGAACUUGGGGCUCGAGCCCGACCAAGAUUCGAGCUGCCUCCAAGAACAGCAAGCCAAGUUCAUUUACCAUUAAUUAUUAAGACUAAAUGGACAGGUAAACUAGUGAAACAAUGAAAGUAAAAAAACAAUCCGCCAAAAUAUGGUUUUACACAUCUAUAGAAAAUAUACUAUAAAUAAAGCAAUUAUUCAUUUUCCUAAUGCAAGGUUAUGUUUAUUCCGUUUAAAACGUUAUACAUUUCAAAAAGAGAAUUUUCAGCACUUUGUUUGAACAGCAACUCAGCG